CGGUCCCCCCCACCCCCCGCCGCCCGCUCUCUCCCCCUCCCCAGGUGCCCGGCCCGGCGGUAAGAUGGCGGCGGCGGCCGAGUGCGAUGUGAUCAUGGCGGCGCCCGAGGGAGCCGGGCUGCUGGGCGGCGAGGAGGAGACUCGCAGAGAAGCAGAGUCUUUCAAGGAACAAGGAAACGCCUAUUAUGCCAAGAAAGAUUACAACGAAGCGUAUAACUACUACACAAAAGCCAUAGACGCAUGUCCUAACAAUGCCAGUUAUUAUGGUAACAGAGCAGCCACCCUAAUGAUGUUGGGGAAGUUCCGGGAAGCACUGGGAGAUGCCCAACAGUCUGUCAGAUUGGACGAUACCUUUGUAAGGGGACACCUACGGGAAGGGAAAUGUCACCUGUCUCUCGGGAAUGCCAUGGCCGCCAGCCGCUGCUUCCAACGAGUUCUAGAACUGGAUCGUACAAACCCUCAGGCACAACAAGAGUUGAAGAAUGCGAGCGCUGUGCUGGAAUACGAGAGAAUAGCUGAAAUCGAUUUUGAGAAACGGGAUUUCAGGAAGGUCGUGUUCUGCAUGGACCGCGCUUUGGAGUUCGCUCCUGCCUGUCAUCGGUUCAAAAUCCUCAAGGCCGAAUGUUUGGCACUGCUGGGUCGCUAUCCAGAAGCACAGUCUGUAGCUAGCGACAUCUUACGCAUGGACUCCACAAACGCAGACGCCCUUUACGUCCGAGGUCUUUGCCUGUACUAUGAAGACUGCAUCGAGAAGGCUGUGCAGUUCUUCGUCCAGGCACUCAGGAUGGCUCCUGAUCACGAGAAAGCAUGUCUCGCCUGCCGAAAUGCCAAAGCACUUAAAGCAAAGAAAGAAGAUGGAAAUAAAGCAUUUAAAGAAGGCAAUUACAAACUAGCAUAUGAACUGUACACAGAGGCACUGGGGAUAGACCCAAAUAACAUAAAAACAAAUGCCAAACUCUACUGUAACCGGGGGACGGUUAAUUCAAAGCUUAGGAAACUAGAAGAAGCAAUAGAUGACUGCACAAAUGCAAUAAAACUGGAUGACACAUAUAUCAAAGCAUACCUGAGGAGAGCACAAUGUUACAUGGACACAGAACAAUACGAAGAUGCUGUGAGGGAUUAUGAAAAAGUUUACCAGACAGAGAAAACAAAAGAACACAAGCAAUUCCUAAAGAAUGCACAGGUGGAACUGAAAAAAAGCAAGAGGAAAGAUUACUAUAAAAUCCUCGGGGUGGACAAAAACGCCUCUGAAGAUGAGAUCAAGAAGGCGUAUAGGAAACGGGCACUCAUGCAUCACCCAGACCGGCACAGUGGGGCAAGCGCAGAAAUACAGAAAGAAGAGGAGAAGAAGUUCAAAGAAGUCGGAGAAGCCUUCACCAUUCUGUCGGAUCCCAAGAAGAAGGCUCGCUACGACAGUGGGCAGGAUCUGGAGGAGGAUGGCAUGAACAUGGCAGAUUUUGAUGCUAACAAUAUCUUCAAGGCUUUCUUUGGUGGGCCAGGCGGCUUCAGUUUUGAAGCUUCUGGGCCAGGAAAUUUCUUUUUCCAGUUUGGCUAAAAUAAAAAACUACAAACCACAUACACACACCUGAAAUGCUUGUUUUAACCUUGAAUACGGACAUAAUUAGACUCCUGCCUUCAUCAUGUCUCAUUGUACUUAGAGCAGUUUCAUUUUCUCAGUUGGAGACCUCUCUGUUGUGUGCUUUGUGUGAGAAGAGGAAACCAGCGCUGAAGAGAGGGGGCGGGGAAGGCUUGUGAAUUUUGUUUUACUGUUAACUUUAUUAAAAAAAAUAAAAUGUUUUGAAUCUUUUGGUCCCUCCAUGCUGGCCCGUGUUUUCAGACUGUUCGGACUUCCUCCAGGGUCCUGUUGCUGGAAACCCAGCUUGUCAGUGGGGUGAAGUGUUCAUGGCUCCUUUUGGUUGGUUCCAGAGUACAGGAUGGCGCCACAUCAGGGUUUCUGGAGCCCCAUUUUUUCUUGUAAGUAAUUGAAUCGUAACAGGGUUUUUAUAACACCCAAGCAGCUAUGUCCUGUUUGCCAGCUGCAAUUUUGUUUGCCGUGGCUACACGAGAAUGUACACCCGGGCAUUAAUGUAAAUGACAAAUAGCGAUCUUAAUGUUUUCGUACUGGAGAGAAAUACUCCUUCAGAUUUAUGGGAGCAGCUGAUAUGAGAGAACUCCCUAUGGGGCAGCUAGAAAUACGUGCUCUAAAUGCUUCCACUCCAAGAUGCCCCAUCUUUGUUUAAGAGGAUAUUUAAUGUGGUCUGGGGUGAAUUUCUUUUCAGUUUUUCUCUUUUAUAAUUAAUUCACUUGAUCAUUUAAUUGCAGCAUAUAUGAUUAAAACAUGGUUUUGCUAGGUUUGGAUUGGUUUGUUUCUACAGUCUAAAAACACCCUUUAUGUUUGACGCUUUCCAUAGUGCAAAUCUAUAAUGCGGGCUGCCUGUUUCCAACUUGUGAAAAAUGUCUGAAGACUGGUUACUGUGGGCGCAGGGACCUGUUGGUGGCGUUUACAGAAAGUGAUGUCUGUUUUUAAUGUAACACAACUGUGAGUUCUAACUGGCAUUCCAAGUAUUUUACAGGAACAAAGAGAUUCUAAGUUAUGGCAGAAACUCUGGACUGAUGGUGCAUAACUUUCCUCACUGCCUCUGUGACAGCGUAUGUGAUCUGUUGACGUGCUGAAGCCGGAGUUGCAUGUUGUCACGCUACCCCGACCUCAGAACUGAGGUGCUUUUAGAGCGUUUCCUGACUUCUCUCAGUAAUACCGCCCUUUGCUGUUCACUGUGGAUUUGGGGUCAUAGCCUGAGAUUGGCUGUGAGGGGGGUACGUCUUUGCAGAACAAUUCCUUUUUCCAGAUAGUAAAGAGCUCGUGUAACUAGAAUCCUCUCCGCUGAAUGGAUGCUCCAUCCAAGUCGAGUACCAUCUGUGGAGUAGUUUUGGAGCUUUUCACAGUAGCCUUAUAGCUGAUGGGAUUUUCAGUGGCCUUUACCACAGAUGUGGCGUUUUGUGUCUGUAGAAAGUCACUGGAUAAUUGCUAGAUAAGUGCUGACCAGCCCUGGCCCAAAGGGGCAGAACCAUUUUAGAGGAAGAGUCUCUGGUGAUUGUGUUAAACUGCAAUUGCUGUAGUGUAGAGACAGUUGUUGAAAAGCUGGCUAAGAGAACAGAUGGGUUGUGCAUAAAAGUAAAUUUAAGGAUGGGUGUACUCCUUAGAGAAAUCUGACGCAACUGUUUAUCUAGCAGAUCGGACUGGCUGACAGAUUUUGUGUGUGGUAUUACAGAAAACAAGGUUUACAAUUAAAUUAUAGCAUAAAAUAAUUUACGUUCAAUUCACAUUUCCUUAAUAUCUUCCCUCCAGUCAAAGGCUAGGCCACUCCUUCAAUUCUCAAAUAAAUUGGUUAGUCUCUAAGGUGCCACAAGUCCUCCUUUUUUCUUUUUGCGAAUACGGACUAACAAGGCUGUUACUCUGAAUCCUUCAAUUCAGUUGGCUACAGGAUGGCCAGAUGGCAAUGCCAGGCGGUGUGUCUCUCACAGAUGGCAUAGAAAUGCAGGGCACUGCCACCAACAAAAGUAAGUCCUGCUGCUACUUCUGUCAGAAAUGUGACCAUCUGCUUUCAUGGAGGGAAGAUUUAAGGGCUUAAUUCCAGUUAUUGCAGCCCAGUAUCAGCAAAGGAAGUUCAAAAACCAGUGUUUAAACUGAGCCAGCAUUGAGAAACGUUUUAGAAGAAUGAGACCCCCACAGCCUUUCUUCUUCCCCCUCACACCAGUGUAACUUGAUGGACUUAACCUUGUGACUCUGGCGUAAGUGAGAGCAGAAUAAGGUGCUAGAAUCUUAUCAGCUCCCUUCGGUUAAAUGUUUUGGGGCAUAAAAAUUGGUCUGAAUUUUGAAACUUGCUUUGGUUCUUAUGGUUCUCUUGCAAAUCCAAGUUUACAUGACAUCACUUUGGUGGGACGUUCUGGAUUCACAAACGUAUCAUCUGGCAUUUUAUUCACAGCUGCAGUUUGGAAGCGUCUCAGAUGCUAUUAGCAGAGUAGAGAGACAUUUCUUGCAUUUUGUCGACAUUCUUUGUUAGUUAAGUGUUGGUCAACUUCCCUGCUCCCCACUUUUAAAAAAGACCGUUCUUUCGGGGUAAAGAGGGGACAUCUACACAGCAGAUAUUUAUAUAAACUGUACAUGAUUGCAUGAUUUAUGUAGUUGAAUAUUAAUAUGGUGAGUGCCAAGGCUUUUUUAAAAAGCACUGUUGUGUGACUCAAAGUGAAUGCGAACAUACAUUCACUUUGCAGAGUGCAUUAUAACACUAAUGGAAACACUGCUGUCUCAGGACAGUAGCAAAUGAGCAUUGUGGCAUAUGUAUGUUAAAAUUGCAGCCUCCCUCUUGUGUGAGCAUAGUAGUUUGGACAAGUGGAACUGUUUCUUUCAGACCAUAUCUGCCUAGAUAUAUGUGUGUGUGUGUGUGUGUGUGGUUUAAAACAUUGCAUUCACACUUCACAGUUACUGAGCAGGACUGAUUUUAUCGAUGGUAUUUCAUAAGUAGCCAACAGGGAGCCUUGAUGCCAUUUGUCUGAUGGCUACAUCUGUUCUCGUGUCUUCCCUCUGGCUUGUUAAGAGCUACAGGAUGUAGGAAUUUGCCAUUGUAAGUAGCAGGUCUCUUAUCCUGACAGUAUGUUCAAGCUUUCUGUCUGUGGUGGAGGACAAAGCUGAUGUGGGCAGUAAUUCCCGUAACAUGCAGAGUGGGGAAAUAGAUUAAUUAGACCUUAUUUAGAGCUGCACUCUUCCUUUUCUGACUCGCCUGUGGAAUACAAACUUUAUUUUCCAUGGGAGGAGACUGACACUCAAAGGUCCUACUCUUAAUGAAACACGGGUGUCUUAUUUUUUGAAGUCGGUCUCGACAACGGUAAAUUACUAACAGCGUAUUUGUGGCACAACAGGAAGAGCCUUAAUCUGUUUUUAUUCUGAAAAGUGACUAAAAAUGCCUCCCUGCAGUUCCCUGCAUAGGAACGCUCCCUUACUUCCGGAGCAGCCUGGCUUAUUUCUACAAGUAAGCAGCGGCCUUUCCCUUAGCCUGGAAUCUGGAACUUGAGUGGCUUUUAAAUCACCACUCCGCAUUCGGCUAUUGGAACCAAUUAACAAUCCUCUGGAGUGGGCAUGAGCCAAAACAGAACCUUUCUUUCCCACAGCUGCAGGCAGUGACUGUGGUAGGAAAAGGAAUAAAGAGUUAUUCCUCUAAAGUCAGCAGAUAUGACAAAAUACACUGAGAGCUGAGUUAAGUGAGUGGCAUGGUCACUUGAGAUCAUGGACCUUAAGAGACAAACUACAGAGACGUAUCUGCUUUUUAAAAGCCCAACCACAAACAUACCUACUGGUAUAAAGUCCAACUAACCUCAGUUAUUCUAAAAACCAUUUGUUGAAAUAAGAGAACUGUUAAGCGUUUUACUUUCCCCGUAGUGCUCUUGUGCUGUCCCUCCUUGUGACCAGAAUACAAAGUGUCUGAGCUGCAGUUGGGUUAGUCUCAGGUGGUCAAGCCCAAGUCCAUUCAAAAUGAAAGCAGGAGACGCUCCAUGUGGUGUUUGGAGAUGCUUGUGUGUGUAAUGUCUACGGUCUAAAGGCAGGCUACAUUUAGACGGGCAAACCCAGGUAUAUUCCUUCUUCCCCUUUCUCAGCACUGGCUUUACUUCCAAGAAUAACAGGUCUAUUGGCAGCAUCUCCUGCAAGAGGUGAUAUUAGUGUUGGGUUCAAAUCCUGUUCAGGUAUAGCCACAACCUGAACUCCAAAAAAUGAGUUUUAAAGAACAUGAAGCUGCUUCGAGCCCCCUCUUUCUGUGGGCUGACUAUGCUGUGUAAGGGGUAGUGCUCUUUAUCAGUACACUUGGAGUUUUGCUCCAAGGAUGGAUUUUUAUUGAAGCUACAGGCUUUAACUGUUUUGUAAAUAAUUGCAUUCGUGAAUUUGCAAAGACUUUGGGGGCAACAUAAUUAAGACCUUCAUGAACCAAUGUAAGUGCCCAGAGCACUUUGGCAUCCAGCUAGAAUGAGGAUUGAGAGCCACUUUGCUGUGGUUUCUUUCCAGUGAUCAGUGUUUAACCAAACUGGUCUUUAUUGUAAAGAGAACUAGAGACAAUAGUGGAUACGCUGAUGUGAAGCCACUCAGAGAGGACAUUAGCCCCCAUGCUGUAGUAUUUAACUGAAUUUAAGGAAUAGAUUCUGUAUGUUUACCUCAGUGUAAAGAUUUAACCUUUCCAUUGAGAGGAAAGGUUAUUGCAUGAAGCAAUCUGUAUUCUAGAUAGCUUUCCUAAACGCCCAACCCUCUUCAAGGCAGGCUUCAUACUGGUAUAAACACUGUCCCUCUGUGGGCCCUUUACCUUUCUAGGAUGUGAAGGGUAAAAAAUGUGAAUAUUUGUUGUUUACUUCAUUAGGCAUAAUUCAUAUGAUGUGUUUAUAUGCAGAAUCUCAAUCAGACUGAAGCAAAACCAUAUGCAAUUGGUUUAUUAUAAACUGUAUAUGAUGUACAAACUAAUAAACACUUAAAUGAUGA